CCCCCACCCCCCACCCCCCUUCCGCCGCCUCACGCCGCCGACGAGCUCACCGCCGCCGCCGCCGCCGCCGCCAACGAGCCCACCAUCUGAAAUCGUUACAGCGCGAGCGAGCCGCCUCUUCAUCGUCUUCUUCUUCUCCGGCUGCGGCGACAGCAACUGGUUGCUCCGCCACGCAGUCCCCGUGGGGCGACGGGAGAGAUGAGGGAGGUGGUGACGGUGCAGGUCGGCGGCUUCGCCAACUUCGUCGGCGCCCACUUCUGGAACUUCCAGGAUGAGCUCCUCGGGCUCGCCGACGACCCGGCCGCAGACGCCGCCUUCAGGACCGCGCCGCUCGACAUGGACGUCCUGUACCGCACCGGCGAGACGCUCCAGGGCGUCUCCACCUACUGCCCCCGUUUGGUAUCUGUUGGUUCUCGAGGGUCUCUUGGUUCUUUAAGUUCCUCCGGUGCUCCGAGCCUGAGUAGCGCUGCCUCGGAUCAGCUCAAUGUCACUACAUGGUCUGGAAAUGUAACAAGAUCGGUAGAAAAGCCUCAUGGGCGGAACUUGUUUCUGCAAAGCUUAACUGAACAAGAGCCGAACCCAAGCACUAGCAAUGGUGGGAACAACUCUCAGAAAAGUGUAGAAGAUAAGGACUUAGUUGAAUGCUUAGAGAAGGAUGUUAACUUUUGGACUGAUUAUACGAAGGUUCAGUAUCACCCUCAAAGCUUGUAUGAAAUGUAUGGGUCAUGGACAGACUUUGACAAGUUUGACAACUUUGGAACUGCAAGGGAGGUAGUUUCAGAAUGGUCUCUAAUGGAGGAGAUGAAUGAGAAGCUAAGGUUCUUUGUUGAAGAAUGUGAUCACAUUCAGGGUAUCCAGUUUAUUGUGGACGAUUCGGGAGGGUUUUCCAGCAUAGCUUCUACUUAUUUGGAAAACAUUGCUGAUGACUACACAAACACACCUGUAUUGCUUUACUGUGUGAGGGAUCCAGUUACUCAUGGAUCAUCCAGAAAUCAAAGGGAUACCAUUACAAGAUCUUUGCAUGAUGCUGUUUCACUUUCAAAGCUUUCAUCCUUUUGCAGUUUGAUGGUUCCAAUAGGACUGCCUUCUCUCAGUCAAAGUUCUUUGUCACCCUUCCUUUCUAUACAAGAUGCAAAACCAUUCCACUCCAGUGCAAUUUCUGCAGCAGCGAUACAUUCAGUAACUGUACCAUUUAGACUACAAAACGCUGGGCCGGCUUCAAACAUAGCACAUUCAUCUGGUAAUAUUGAUAUGCGCGAACUUGUGCACAUAAUAUCUGAUCAGGGUAGGCAGAACAUGGUUACUGCUCUGGACGUAGCAAUGCCUGCCCCUUCUUUGAAAGAUGGAAAUGAUCUGUGGAACAUGAAAAGCCUCCACACACUGACCCCUGAAAUCAGUGACGACGAAGAAGACCCAUACUCUGUUGAAUCAUUGGUGGUUCAUGGAGUUCUGCGUGCAGGUGGGCAUCGGGCAUCAAUAUCACAAGUGAAGGGCUCCGUGUGCUCAGCUUAUGAAGCCAGAGAUACAAAACCAAAGUUCUCUCAUCUGUCAGUGUCACCCUGCCCGCUCCCCAUUCCCCUCCCGUUCCCAUCGAUCUUCAGGAGCAACAUCGGCCAGCACGGCGAGAUCCUCAGUAACCACGUAGAGGGAACCCAGACAAAGGGCUCACUCGACGUCGAGUCGAUACCGAUGGCUGCACGCCUAAGGUCGAGCAACGCGGUACUGCCCUUCAUAGAGAGGCGCUCGCUGAGCCUCCAGAAGUUCGGCAUUGCCAGGGGCGCUCUGGGGACCCAGAUACUGCGCGACUGGGGCUUCGGGAGGGAGGAGAUGGAGGACAUGGGCGAGCACCUGUCGAAGAUGGUCCGCGCUUUCCACCCCGACGGCGGUCUAACAUCGGAUUCUGACUAAAACCCGACUCGUUUUUCUUCUGUGUGCGGGACAUACAUACAUGCUGUAGAGCUGCUGCAGGGUGUUUUUGCUGGGCUAAAACUCUUGUGAUACGUGUGCGGUGGAUGUGGGUGCAGCAGCUCUGGCCUCUGGAAUAUUCUCAUGCAUGUACUACCUCUACCUGCUUUGCAAUUGAACUGAAGAUGCGAUCUGGCGUCCGAGGGGGGGUUGUCAA